AUGCAAGACAAUCCAGUGGGUUCCGAGAAGGGUCUCUCUCAACACCACGAAGACAUCUUCACCCAAGAUGCCUCCAAAGCGGCUGGUCAAGGCCUCGCAGCCACCGACCAGUAUGGCAGGGCUUUGAUUGAAUUCGACCGUGUAGCGGAACGUCGCCUGCGACGCAAGAUCGAUUUCUGUAUCCUCCCCACCGUCUCGCUCAUAUACCUAUUUUGUUUCAUCGAUCGAGCCAACAUCGGAAACGCCAAGCUUGCUGGUUUCGAGAAAGACCUCGGCCUGACAGGCUACGACUACAACGCCGUCCUUUCAGUGUUCUACAUCUCCUACAUCCUCUUUGAGAUCCCGUCCAAUAUCGCCUGCAAACUGGUCGGUCCAGGCUGGUUCCUCCCUGCCCUGACCGUUGCCUUCGGGAUCUGUUCGCUGGGCACGGCGUUUGUGCACACAAUCCACAGCGCCUCCGGCGUGCGCUUCCUCCUCGGGAUCUUCGAAGCCGGAAUGAUGCCCGGUAUCGCCUACUACCUCUCACGGUGGUACCGUCGCCGCGAGCUCGCCUUCUACAUGUCCUUGUACAUCGUCAUGGCGCCCCUCGCCGGUGCCUUUGGAGGGCUGCUCGCCUCUGCAAUCCUUACCCUCGACAACUUCGGCAGCCUGCACACCUGGCGCAUGAUCUUCGCGAUCGAAGGCAUUAUCACGAUCGGGCUGGGCCUCCUAGCCUUCAUAACCCUGACCGACCGCCCCGAAACCGCACGCUGGCUCACACAAGAGCAGAAAGAACUGGCGAUCGCGCGCUUGAAAUCCGAACGCGUCGCAACGACCGAAGUCCUCGACAAAAUGGACAAAGCGAAGACGCUGCGCGGGAUCUUCAGUCCCGCGACACUAACCACGUCGUUCAUCUUCCUGCUCAACAACAUCACAGUGCAAGGGCUCGCGUUCUUCGCGCCGACGAUCGUGCGCACGAUCUACCCGCACAACAGCGUGGUGUCACAGCAGCUGCACACGGUGCCGCCGUACGUAGUCGGCGCGUUCUUCACGGUGCUCUUCCCCUUCCUGAGCUGGCGCUUCGACCGACGCCUGCCGUUCUUCGUGCUGGCCCCGCCGCUCAUGAUCACGGGGUACAUCAUGUUCCUGGCGAGCGACGACGCGCACGUCCGCUACGGCGCAACGUUCCUGAUCGCAGCCGGCGCCUUCAGCUUCGGCGCCCUGUGCAACGCCCACGUCGCCAACAACGUCGUCUCCGAUACCGCCCGCUCGUCCGCCAUCGGCACUAACGUCAUGUUCGGUAACAUCGGCGGCCUGGUCUCCACCUGGUCGUUCCUGCCCUUCGACGGACCCGACUACCACAUUGGCAACGGCCUGAACCUGGCUACCGCCUCCAUGACCUUGAUUCUGGGCGCGCUCAUGUGGGCCUGGAUGCGCUGGGAUAAUCGCCGCCGCGAGAAGGUCGAUGUCGAUCGUGCGCUCGCCGAUCUGUCACAGCAGCAGGUGCAGGAUCUCGACUGGCGGAAUCCCGCGUUUCGGUGGAAGAUGUGA